GUGAACAUGCACCUUCCCUCUCGCGAUAUCUCCUAUUAAUCCCGAGGAUAAGGUACAUCUGAAGACGAUGCUAACCGGAUCAUGGCCGCCUAGAAAGAGACUCUCAGUCGCCGCUGUCGCAAUCACAAUCAUCAUUGUCUUCACAACCAUUUCAAAUCUGCAUUAUCGAUCGUCCAAUUCAGUGAUGAAGCUACGACUCCCUCCUUACAACAAAGGCAAUGAUCCAACAAAGGCGGAGACCGUGGGAAAUACGACACUCCUCGAACUGCUGGCGCCCAGCUACAUCAAAGCAAUAUUAGACCCCAAGGACAAAGAAUUCGACCGACUCCAGUGCCCAGCACCUACUCCUAAGCGCUACGAUUAUCUUCAAGUUGAUCGUAGCGAUGCGAAAAAUGUAGGCGGGCAGAUAAAAUACUUCUUUGCGCUCAAUCUGCGACAAUGUAUUAGUAUACUUCCUCGAUUAAUGGGAUCCAUUGUGGAAACUGUGCGAUUUCUUGGUCCCGAAAAUUGCGGUUUGUCAAUUGUGGAGGGGAAUUCCGAUGAUGGGACUCUGGAAAUACUAGCAGCGUUGCGCAAAGACAUGGGAAGCUUGGGACUUGAAUUUCACUUCCAGACUAGCGACAUAGAUCCUAAGAAUGGAGACCGAAUCGAAGCUCUUGCAGCCCUUCGAAACCUAGCCCUCGAACCACUAAUCAACAAUCCGAGUCACUAUUCCCCAGAUACAGCGGUGAUUUUCCUCAACGACGUCGCUAUAUGUAUGGAUGAUAUACUGGAGCUAGUUCACCAACGCGUUUAUCAGGAGGCGGAUAUGAUAUGUGCACUAGACUGGUCAGAUAUAGAUCCACCCAUCUUCUACGAUAUCUGGGUCGCAAGAGCUAUAAAUGGAGACACAUUUUGGGAGAUUCCAAUGGACGGAGGCUGGCGAUUUGCCUCGAACCUCUUUUGGAACCAUCCACCAUCCCGUCAGCGAUACGAUGAGCACAAAGCCUUCCAAGUCUUCGCAUGCUGGAACGGCGCCGUAGUCUUCUCCGCGAAGCCUAUAAUACAGAACAAAAUCCGAUUUAGGAGGUCGAAGCCUGAUGAGUGUUUUGCUGGUGAACCGCGGUUGUUCUGUAAGGACUUGUGGAUAGAGGGGUAUUCGAAGAUUGCGGUAGUGCCGUCAGUUAAUUUAGGGUAUUCGGAUAAGUCUACUACGAAGGUUAAGGAGUUGCAUGGGCGUGUUUCUGAGGCUGUAAAAGGGGAGGAUAUUUAUGAUGGGUCGUUGAGGAUUGUGUGGAAUACCAAGCCACCUGAACAGAUCAAGUGUAUGGCAAGUUUUGAGGAUCAUUCUUGGGUACCCUGGAAUCAGGGUUUCGAAACCAAGAGUUUAAUGUAAUAUCGUUCUGCUCUGUCGCACACUCUGUGAAGUCCUCGUGUCCACGGAGGUGAACUUACCUUGUACGCGGAAUGACAUAUAAUAUUGCCC